CGGCAAAAUGUCAAGUCAGCAGGAAGUGGAUGAUGCAGAACCUGAAGGAAGUAAGAGAAAACGGCAUGGUAUGCUCAAAAUGUAUUAUGGAAUUGAACAGUCAGGGGGAGCUACUCUUGAUCCAUGUGACAUUAAUGGUGCACAUUUUGAAGCAGAUACUUACCUAUCCAACUUGAUUAAGCAAAGAUCUCUGACAGAAUUAAUGGACGAAGAGACUAAAAUGGUGACGCAGAUUCGUGCACUUGAUAGUGACAUGCAAACCUUAGUGUAUGAAAACUACAACAAGUUUAUUAGUGCUACAGAUACUAUAAGAAAGAUGAAGAAUGACUUUAAAAAAAUGGAAGAUGAAAUGGAUCAUUUAGCAAGUAACAUGGCAACUAUUACAGAAUUCAGUGGAACAAUUAGCAACACUUUACAGGACAGGAGACAACAAAUAACAAAGUUGUCAGGUGUACAUGCUCUUCUUAAAAAGCUUCAGUUCCUUUUUGAGCUCCCAGCAAGAUUAAACAAAUGUAUAGAAAUGAAAGCUUAUAGUGCAGCAGUCAGAUAUUAUACUAAAGCAAAGAGAAUUUUACACCAGUAUCAGCAUAUGGCAAGUUUUCAAGGAAUCAAUGAGGAUUGUAAUAAGAUUAUUCAUCAACUUUGUGAUCAUCUGAGAGAACAGUUUAAAGAUAAAGAGUCCACACCAAAGCAACUGGCAGAAUGUGUAGAUCUAUUACUACAGCUAAAUGAACCAGCUGAAAAGUUGUGUGAAGAAUUUUUAUCACAUGCAAGACAGAAGAUAGAUGAAGAUUUACAAUUGUUAGACAGGCAGAUAAGGUUACAAAGUGGUGAAGAGAUCAAGUCUGAAGGAGAAACAGCUGCCCAAGCUUACCUGGCUACCCCUAUGGAUGUGUUAGAGUUUGUUGAUACUGGAUGUAAUGGUUUCCUUAGUAACAUAUGUUUAGUUAUAGCAUCAUACAAUGACAUGUUCCUGUCUAAACCACAAGAAGAUGAAAAUAUGGAUGCAAUUGCCCUGAAGAAAUUAGUCUUUUUUGUUAAUGAGUUAAUGGAAAAAUAUUUUAAUUAUGUGCAGAGAAGAGUUCGGUUGGAGAGAGGAACAGGAGAUAAUACCAUACUUGUCAGAUCAUUGGACAGAUUUCACAGAAGACUUCAGGCCAUGAAUAAACUCUUACCUGACACAGAUUUUUCCAGAGCUGGUACAGAUAUAGUUUCUAAAGCAGCUAAGGACAGGGUUGGCCAUUAUCUCCAAAGUUUAAAACAACACUUUUCAGAUUGUAUGACAGAUGUCCGACAGAAUUUGGCUGCUCCAAGAACUAUAGGAAAGCAUGACAGUAAUAGUUAUCUGAAUGAUUUACUGAAUAAUACACAGACUGCAGUGGUCGACCAGAUCAAAUCUGUACUCAAUAACUUACAGGCAUUCCUUGAUUCAGACAUUACUUUUGCCAUGAAGCCAUAUUUCAGAGGACCAUUUUGUGUUCAGGGUGUAAGAGAAGGUUUGAUUGUAGAAUUCCUAAAUCAUAUCUCUUCAACCUGUCUUGAAUUUUGUGAAGACAAAGAUAAAGGAUCAGCUCCACCAGCAUUGUUGUUAAUUUUGUCCAAGUUGUGCAUAGAAUUUGAAUCUUCAACAAUAUCUUAUUUGCUAACAUUGACAGAAGAACAAUUUAUGAUGACAGAAAGAUUUCCUGUUACUUCAGUUACAGAUCUGUGUAAUAAUGCUAAGGAUGCAGCACAAAAAUUAUUGAAUCAUUUUGUCAAAGUUCAAGGGUUGUCAAUUUCACAGAUGUUACGCAAGAGUGUGGAAACAAGAGAUUGGUUAAACACAAUAGAACCUCGUAAUGUACGUGCUGUUAUGAAACGUGUUAUAGAGGAUAUAACAGCUAUAGAUGCUCAGGUUGGACAGCUUUAUGAGGAGGGUGUUAGGAAGGAGAGAAGCAGUGAUUCUAGUCGUAGGACACACCCACAUAGUUAUAUGGGUUCUGCGGCACUGAGGAAAGGAGGACAGUGGAACUAUGCUCCUAGUAUUGAUAAUAGUUUGAUGAGUAAUAUACAGAAGCUGUUCUCUGAGAAAAUAGAGAUAUUUAGUGCUGUAGAGUUCUCUAAGGUAUCAGUUCUCACUGGUAUAAUAAAGAUCAGCUUAAAGACAUUCCUUGAAUGUGUAAGGUUAAGGACAUUUGGACGAUAUGGUUUACAACAGAUACAAGUAGAUACACAUUACCUACAAUUAUAUUUAUGGAGAUUUGUUUCUGAUGAAAACCUUGUACAAGUAUUAUUGGAUGAGAUUGUAUGUAGUACAGUACACAGAUGUCUUGAUCCAGCCAUGAUGGAACCUAGUGUUAUUGACCUUAUAUGUGAAAGAGGAUAGACAGAGAGGAGAACUAUAGUGAAAAUAGCAGAACAUUUGCAUCAUUCUUUAAUAACUUAUUUCACCUAACUUUUUGUGAUUCAAAUAAUAUGUAAAUAAAUUAUUUUAUGAAACUCUA